AUGAACGGCACUCCCCGACUUCGGUCUGCCUUUCCUCAGACUCCUCAGCCCAUGCAAAGGACCAGAGAGUACAACGUCACCCCCUCAAGACCCAAAUUUCGGGAAAGCGGCUUGCGAAAAUCGCCGGUAAAAGCACCGCCGCCGAAGCAGGAUGUGCCUCUUAUUCCAACCGACGUGGUAGAUGCCCCGUCGCAAAGGCUCUACGUGGUGGCUUUCUAUGUCGCGCUCAAUGCAUGGCGUAUUUAUGAAUCGUGGACAGCUUCAGACGAUUUGGACUCGACUUGGCUAUUCCUCAAAUGGGCGUCCAUUGAUGGGAUCUUUCUCUUCGGUCUUCAGGCUUUGCGCAUACCAUGGCUCGAAUGGGCGUUUCCCACAACGCUCGCGAUUUUCUUGCUUCAUGUCGUGGGCAACAUGUUCCUCAUGUUUCGCAUUCCGAUUCCGGUCGGCGCGUGGGCCACUGGCAUUCUCAAAAUACUCUAUGAUAGGGAGUUGUCUAUUUCCGAGCGUAGCGUCAAGCCCGGGGACAUAAUCCAUAACGCCUCCCUCAUUCUAGGAAAACAGAUUGUGCAUAUUUUGCCGGAGGGAUCUGCCGUGCUGAAUCCAGACCAGACAGCCUUCUGCUUGAACAUUGAGAAAAAUACUGCCAAUCUGCCGAUCCGUAUCAAUCAAACAGACCCAAUUCUCAUCGAACUUCUCCGCCUGGACUUCAACAACGGUGAAAACGAAACCAUCACGAUCUCAUCCAAACAACUGAAGCAGAUGAAACGUCAAGCAGACAAGAAACACUCGGGCUCAGGCGCAUUUCUCCACCGGGACCUGCUUUAUCCCAUCCGUCGUACUGGCAUUUACCGACUACAAAGGGUUGUGGAUGAGUCGAAUCUCGAUGUUCGCAUGCGAUCAUCCGACGCGCUUGUCGUGUCUUGUCCACGAGCGCUGAUUAAAAGCUCUCACACUGACAAGUGUAAGGGAGAACUGUCGAACCUGGUGUUGGAGGUUGAAGGAACACCACCAUUGAAGAUCAAAUAUAGCAGACAAGUGAACCAGCAUGAUCGUGGGUUCUCUUUCCAAAAUAUCCAGCCCGAUCAUCUGCGCUCGCCAUUAUUAGGCCAGAGGACCUCAAGCAUUUUGUUCAGUUCACAACAGCCGGACAUCACUUGGGCCCAGAGCCAAACCAUCGAAGUCCCACUUAAUGAAUCAUUGAAUGUGGGAGGCGAAUGGCUCUACAGCAUUGAAGAAGUUCAUGACGGCUGUGGGAACGUCGCCAAUUAUUCGGCUCUACUUGACGAUGUUGAUAGAUCAUCAUCCAAGUCGCUCUCUCAGUGGCACCUAUUUUCUGUCCAUGAACGGCCUCGAAUUUCAUUAUCUGGAUGCGAUGACCAGCACUUCAUCGAGGUUGCAAGGGGCGAAAGUGUGGAUAUGCCCAUCGAGUUCCAUCCUGCUGGACAGGGAUUUGACAAGGAUGGACCGUUUACUCUGGGGUACUCGUUCAAGGCUAAUGGAGUGGACGAUUCAGAUUUGUCGGACAAGGCUCGCCAGCUUUCGCUCAAAACCCUUGACCAGAAACCUCAGAUCAAAGAUUCUGGUUGGUAUAAUUUGAACUCCAUCUCUAGUCAAUUCUGCUCUGGCGAAGUGUUGGAGCCGUCGUCUUGCUAUCUCUACAACCCCCCUGAGCCUGAGCUGGCGCUGAAGUACGAAAAGAUAUUCGAUAAAUGCGCCAAUAAUUCAGUCGGCUUGCUCGUUGACCUGGAUCUUACCGGAUCGCCUCCAUUCCGUCUCCGAUACAGUAUCGAGCACUCGAAAGGAGUUGAGACGAAAUCGCUAACGGUCGAUGGCUUGCGCACACAACUUGAUUUCACGCCCUCGGAGGCAGGGUUCUAUCGAUACCGCUUCUUAGACAUUGCAGAUAUGGUCUAUGCACCCCGUUCUCUGAAGGACAAGGUGCCGAUCCUCGAGCAAGACGUUAAGCCACCGGCUUCUGCUCAUUUUAUCGGCUCUCGGGAGCUGCGCAGGGCUUGCUUUGGUGAGCCCGUCUCCGUGGACGUUUCCUUCUUGGGAGAAUCGCCAUGGAUUCUACAGUAUGAACUCGUUCACAAUGGCAAGAAGUCUAAGCACGUCUUGAAAUCUGACAGUGACGUCGCCACCAUUCUGACAGAGCGCCUCGUGAGCGGUGGUGAAUAUAAUCUUGUAUUGACGAGUAUCAAGGAUCGUUCGAAUUGCAAACGCACUUUGAAAGACAGCAUCCGAAUUGAUGCUCGGGCAAAGCCGCCGCACGCGUCGUUUGGUCAGGUUGAGAGAAAGAGCACUGUUUCCGCUCUGCGGGGUGCCAAGGUCGAUAUACCGCUACGGUUGAGCGGUGAACGCCCAUGGACGGUCAAUUACAGAAAUCUGGACGACAACUCUCCCGCUGUUGAAAAGACGUUUUGGCAAGAGAACAGUCUUCUCACUGUGGCACAGGAAGGGCGUUAUGAGCUCAUUGGAGUGACAGACAGCUCUUGCCCAGGAACCAUAGACCAAGCAGCCAAAGAAUUUAGAGUCUCCUGGAUUCCUCGUCCCCACAUUGUUGCUGUGGAUGGUUCCACUGUGGUAGUGGGUACUCCACUUGAGAAGCCGGACGUUUGCCAGGGCGAUGAUGACAGUGUUGAACUUCGUUUGAAGGGCAAUCCUCCGUAUAGCAUCUUAUGCGAGCAGCAACGGAAAACGGCCCGUGGCACAUCACUCAUCCGGUCAAAAAGCCUCAAGACUGCCCUUCAUGUAACCUCCAUGGAAAUGGAUACGUCUGAAGCUGGGCUUCAUACCUAUAAGUUUAAGGAAGUGGGCGACAAUCUUUAUGACCAUGACUCGAGAAGCAGCCCGGUGAUUGUGACUCAAAGAGUGAACCCGCUGCCAUCUGCCCGUUUCGAUUCUCCCGGCCACAUCUACGGAUUUUGCAAAGAGGACGUCAGUGGGGAGGAAUCUAUCCCCGUUACCCUGGAAGGUAUUGCGCCAUUCUAUCUCGAGGUCACGAUCAAACAUCAUUCAAAUGCCAAGCCCGAAGUUCUGUCUGUCCCAGACAUCAAUUCCAAUCGGUAUCAUUUACCCAUUCCACGCCGUCAUUUGAAUUUAGGCCAGCAUGUUGUCAGUAUUCACAAGGUUCGGGACGUACGAGGAUGCCAGCGAACGUUUGACAACGAUAGCUCCUCGGUUCGAGUUGCUGUAUCUGAUGUGCCAACCAUCAUUCCGCUUGAGUCCAAGGUCGAUUAUUGCGUUGGAGAACGACUGUCCUUCUCUUUGUCGGGCCAUUCUCCGUUCGACGUAUUCUACACAUUCGAUGGUGUCUCUAGAAAGGCUACUUCCCGCACGACCAACUUCCGUCGCAUCGCAGAAAGACCAGGCGUUUUCACCAUCACUGCUGUAAGCGACGGCGCCAGCGGGAGAUGCAAAGCGCACAAGAACAUCACAAAAACUAUACAUGAAAUGCCAAGUGUCAGGAUCAGCAGAGGGCAGACCUCCGUUGUUGAUAUACAUGAAGGUGGAGAGGCCGAACUUCACUUUGAGUUCUGGGGCACACCACCUUUCGAGUUUACGUACAUCCGAAGCUCAAUCCCUCGGAGGGGCGCCAAAGCAGAAGUCCUCGAUAUCAAACAUGAUAUAUCUUACGAGCAUAAGAAGACGAUCAAAACCUCCGAUGAGGGGAGUUACGAAGUCGUUGCUAUCAAGGAUAAGUUCUGUUCCUUCUCCUCUCAGGCGCAAAUAGAGAAGUCCGAGAAACUGGUGACUGGAUCCUGA